AUGGAUACCUAUCCACCAGUUAGUCCGGAUCUAAAUGUUGUUGAGAGUGUAUGGUCAUGGAUGAAUCGGUAUGUUCAAAGAAAUCAUCCACAUUCUCAACAGCAUUUAGAAAGAUUAGUUGAACAAGCAUGGGAUGCAAUUCCUCAAAAUGCUUUGAGUGGAUAUAUUAAUCACAUAUCGACUAUUUGUAAUCUAAUCAUAUCUAAUAAUGGCUGGGAAAAAGAAGAAAUGCAAGCAUUUUCAAACUUUUGUGAAAAUAUUCAUCGUCUUCUUAGUUUAAAUUCAUCACUUGGUGAUACAACUUUCAUUGUCAAACACCUCGAAGAUGAUGCAUUAAAUCUAUGCUUUUCUUUCGACACGAAAAUACAAUUUCUUCGCGAUGAUUUACUCGCGAAAAACAAUGAACUUAUUUAA